GGACAGGGCAGUGGAGUGGGCUGCUUUCCCUAGGAUGCAUUAGACACAUCGCGUUUUUUUUUUUCUUUUUCUUUUCUCGCCUACCUGACUUCUGCUGCAUCACCUUCAGAUUCGUAUUUGCACACACACACACACCGCCUUUUCUUUCCUCCCCUUUCUGAAUCAUCCGCAUCCUCCCUCUUGUUUCGUUGAUCAUUCCCUCUUCCCAGCUACUCUGCACUUCUCUCAUGAAUGUCAGGCCAUGGAGAAGACCCCCCAGGGCAAGAUAGUCCGACAGAGACAGCGACAUCAACAGCAAUCUCCAGUAACAUGAACUCGACCAUCACAACCACCCCAACCACCAGUACGAAGACUCGCAGCCUUCCACCUCAGAGUCUUCCUCCUGGCGCCAUUGCAUCUGCACAGGCCCAGUUCCCUGCCUUGAUGGCGACUCAGCUUCAGCUCCAAGUAAACACAAAGGCCUGCCCAACUUCCUCGCCCCCAAUGCUCAACCUCGUCCCUGCAACGCCUGGCCCGCCUGCUUCUGGGACCUCGAAGCCAUCAGUAUCAGAUCCUGUGUCGUCCAAUCCUUCCACACUCUCAAAACACAAGGGUCUGCCCGUGCUCCCGUACCUUGUCACGCCCAAGGAGGAGAAGAGUCAUGGGACCAUCCUGGGCUUAUGGGAAUACGAUGAUGGUCAUCCUUCAGGGAAACCUUCCAGCAAGGUUACAAAGUCCAGCAAAGGACCACCCAGUACCUCAGGAUCAUCCAAGGUUGCCACAUCUAUGGGUGCUGAGGCUGGCCGUAGGGCUCUCCUGGCCCUGCAAAGCGUGGCUGCCGAAGAGGGCGCACCAAUCUCGAGUGGAGGUCCUAGAAAGAAGGCCUCGACCCAACAACUGGCGUCCAAAUUCACUAUCCUUGCUCCACCAUUGUCGUCGACGCUCUCUAUCGCCUCAGCACCUGUUUCCGCACAUAAGGAUCGCGACGUCGAAUCAAUAGGAUCUGGGAUGUCACAGACCACACCCUUUGAAUCAAUAUCGUUGCCAGCGACACCCACAGCGAUGGAAAACCGAUCUCACUGUCUCCCUGACAAUGGCUUCUUCCUAGCAGUCAUGUCUAUCUAUUGGUCUAACCUCGUUGGACCCCGGAUAGAGCAGGUACAUGCAUCGCUCCUUAAUGCUGGUCCCUGAUGUAAUCUGAUUAUCAUUACUUACCCUUCUCUCUUUAUAUAUUUUGGCCUGCUCCCCCUCCCCUUGAACCCUCACCCCCAUCCAACUCUAUUAUCACUGUUGUGUUUAUAUGAACAUCGUAACGUCGCACAAACAUAGACGUGGACCCCGCGGGUGGGCUGUCCCGACGAGUCAACACUGAACCUCUUGGCUAAGCAAAU